UUGUUGGGUGGUCUUCUUUCACAACUAUGCUUUAGUGAGAUACAGCAUUUGUUCUGCUUUUCAUAGUGAACAGCAGAGGGAUGUCAACUCCAGCCAGUUAGAGCAGCCCUAAGAUGGCAGCAGAUGGGAAAACAAUUUUGGUGGAAGGGCUAAUGACAGAUAUUUUAGAGGAUAGACUAGCAGACAAACUGGCUAUCCACUUUUUAAGAAAUCGAAAUGGAGGUGGAGAAAUAACCAACAUCACAUUUCCCAAAGAAUCACCUGGGACUGCCCUGAUAACCUUUGAAGAAAGUGAAGUGGCACAGAGAGUCUGUCGCAUGAGGACUCACAUAUUAUCUGUGGAUGAAAAUAAGUAUGAAGUCCAGGUUAGCAUGCACUGCACUGAAGUCAACCCAGAUGAGAUCUUCCUCAGAGUUUCUAUGCUAAUAGACUAUCGACGACUUCCAGAUGGAAAAAGGGUGAUUAAGCAUCUGAAGAAGAACUUCCCAGACGUACAGUUCAGCUUCGAGAAAGAGGAGCUAUGCAAUGUAAAAGGGGCGUUUUCAGAAAUACAGGAUCUAGCCAAUGAAGUGCUGAGCAGCUUUGAGACUGGAGAACCAAAGGCUGUUAAGAAUAAAAAGAGUCAAGGUGCUGCUGGAAGUGUAUUCAGAAAUGGUGAAAAAAAGACAGAAUCCACAGCAUUAGCUCAGCCAUCUGGCUUUGACACUCAAAGUCCCACUUUCCUUAUUGACAAUGAAGAUUUACAUGUUGAUAAUGGAAGGGGUGUGGUAGCCAAAGAUAUGCUUGAGGACUACUCACUGAUCAUGGAUUCUGACAUCUAUAGAUACAUCCAGAAACACUGGAAUGAUAAGUAUGUGCAGGUCCUGUUUAAGCACAAAGUAGAAGUGGUGGAUGUUACCGCCAAAGAUAUUACCACGUUGUACCUGCAGUCCGAGACUUCAGGGAGCCUGAUCGACUUGCAGCAAGCUCAUAGGGAACUGGGGAACCUAUACCAAGAGUUAGAAACCAAACUACGCAAAGAACAGAUACCAAAAAAGGAGGUAUCAUCUAAUAUAAACUGUCUAAAGAAAGUAUCCGAGUAUCUCCAGACUCAUUUCCCCCUAAUCCUUUUGAAUGAGGAUGACACCAACAUAUACAUGAUAGGCAGCUCUUGUGAUGUCUCAGAAGCCAAGCAGUACAUUCAGGAUUUAAAAACUGAGGAGCAUUCAUCAAGAUUAGAGAGACAGACUUCUUAUCAAGGCUUGCAAGACAUACUCCAUACAGACAGCACAAAACUGCUGGAUACAAAUUAUAAAGAUUUGAAGCUUCCUGGUACAAUAAAACCUGAAGUUUUAAAAGACUACACCUUAGCAUCUGGUUUGGGCAGCUGCAAAGAACCUUUGAUGAAGGACAUCUCAAAGGGAUUUCAGGCGUUUUCAAGCAGCGGUUUAUACCGGAAAGGUCUAACAAGUCCUGAUCGAACCAGCGAGGACAUACUUAAGAAAUAUGAGGGAACUUCCACCAUUAGUAAAAUCAAAGACCGAAAGCUCUUCCAGACUACUGGACAAGCCAGAAGCACAGGUCCCAUAAAACCUUUUCAGAUGACAGCUUCAUCGAACACAUUUCAGCACAUGGACCUGAUAGGCACCAGAAAUUAUCUGUAUGACUCAACCGCAGCCAGUACAUCACAGACCUGUGAAUUCCAACCAGUGCUCAGAAGAGCCAACAGCUUUUCUGGCAUUAGCCAAUCCAAAGAGGACAACAAGUCUGCUGGUUUGAAUGAAGUGACAGAAAGCAGAAGUAAAAAAAGUAACAGUGGUCCAAAGAAAGAAGAUCUCUUUUGUGAGGAUAUUUCAAUGGCUAGGAUGGCAUGGCUUUAUAUAAACGAUAUCUAUGGCACUAAUAUUGCAAAGCUGACAUCAGCUGAGGGAAUUCAAAUGAAUGAGACUGUCACAGGUAAUUCUACAAAACUUGUAAUCAGGGGAUUUGACCAAGUUAAGGUUAGCAAUGCCAAACGGGCUAUUUCCAUAAUCUAUUCAAAGGUAUUAACAGAUUUUGCAGUUAAAGAAAUUUCUCUCUCUCAGAUGGGUAUUACAGAUUCAGAUGACAUUUUGAGACUAUGGUGCUCUGAAGUAGAAAAGCAUGGAAAUGUGAAAAUAAUCAAAUCAACACAAUAUCUUUGUAUAAUGGGCCCAAAGGAUCAAUGUUUAGAGCUAACAGAUCUUCUGCAAGAACUUGUCAAGGACAGAGCUUUGAAACCCCAGCCAGCAUACACUGGAGGUUCUCUCUUUUCCUCCUCAUCUGUGACAAAAACACAUCAAGACAAGGAGCAGAAAAGCAUAUCGAAAGUAGAGGAUUAUCUGAAGGACCAGGGUUGUUCUUUGAGUAAACACAACUCGCUCAAAGGAGGUCUUCAGCAGGUCAAGCAAACCAAUAGUGCAAACGGAGAUAAUGUGAAAUACACACACAGCACACAAACCCACAACCAGAAAGAACCUGAAAAUCAGACUCCAAGUGAUGUUCAGAAAUCCCCCAGACUUCAAACAGCCAUGGAACAAAAGGACCAGAGUAAUUUAACUUCAAAAGGGAAGAGAGAUCCUACUUCAACCUUGGAUAAAGAUAAGGAAAAUCCUCCGUCAAGUGUUAAGAAACUAGGAAACGAACCCGGUGUAAAAGACACAAUCAAACCAACAAAAACCCUCAACAACAAGGUAAUCUCUGAAAGCCAUCACAAGAAAGCAGAUCUAACCAUGGCUUCACAUGCACAUAAAACUGACAGUUGCCCACAGUCUUUACCAACAUGGGCAUACAGUACUCAGACAAACUUCCUCAGAAAUGAUGAUUUAAACAGUUCUGUUCAGGAGGAAAACUCCACUCUCAGGCUUCAACUUAGAAAUCCUGCAGUCGGCCAGGAUGCACAAGACCUGAAAGAAACUUCUCAAACAUGCAUGUGCUGUAAAAAAGAGCUGGGUCAAAAUAUACGCACCACGUGUGGCCUUGCUCUCUGUACAGAUUGCCAGCCUGUGUGGCAUGCAUCGUGCAGGGUGUGUUCUGUAUCCAAUAACUCUGGUAUCAAGGGGACUAUGAACAUCUCUGAACUGAGUACCAGCUUAAGUGGAUUCAACAGAGACACAACUCUGAAGAUAACUUAUAACAUCACAGAUGGUAUUCAGAGUACAGGCGAUCCAAACCCUGGAAAUCCCUACAAAGGGGGUCAGUUUCAGGCUUUUUUGCCAGCGAACGCUAAAGGGAAGGAACUGUUAAAGUUACUGAAUAAGGCAUUCAAUCAAGGGCUGACAUUCAAAAUUAAAAUGUGCGAUUCUGGAGACACAAUAACAUGGGGCCAAAUUCCACAUAAAACCAAAAUGGAAGGUGGAAAAUCACUCAAUGGAUACCCAGAUUCCAGCUAUCUUGUUCAUCUAACAGAAGUUCUUACGAAGCUUGGAAUUAAAUGAAAAGAAAUGAAAAAAUGGGUUCUAUUGCAAAACCAGGAAAAAUUGACCAUUUGAACCCGGAAGAAAGUCAAAUCUACUUGCAGUGAAUUUGGCCAGGUUUUGUUAAUCUGUGCAAGUGCAGUGUUUGCUCCCAUUAAGUAAGAGACUAUAGAGAAGCACCUCAAAACAAAAAUGACCUACUGUACUUUAACAAUUUAUUAAAUGUUUGAUUUUUAAAAAAUGUAAAGUUUAAGUCCAACCAUCUUUAAAGCAAUACCUGUCCAUACUGUACCUGCAAAGCCUACUGUGCAAGGUUGAACAAAUUAAUGACAGCGGGGUCUAUCUCAUCUAAACAGACAACUACCCUAAAAAUAUAUAAAACCCAAUAAUUUUGGACAUGUAUUUUGUAUUGUAUUUAAUGAUGUUAAGGUGGUCAAUAAAUGACACCAUUAUGUUAGUUACAAAGCCUGUAUAAGGUUAGAAAUAGUAAGGUCAGUUUUCCUAUGCUUUGACAUGUUUUUAAUAUGCUUUGCAGUAUUUCUUUGGGUUUUACCAUGCUUUUAAUAUUCUUUAUUACAAUUUGCUAUGCAUUUACUAGGUGGAAACUUUCAUAAAUGAAGU